AUGAAGAUUCGUCUGGAUGACCUUUUUGUUUAACGAUAUAUGUAAGAGGAGGCAUAUGAUUAUUGUGAUCGUUGGAUUGUUUUCUUGUAUCAUCGAGUCAUCCAAUGCGUAUCUUACGUACAAUUCUCAAAAGAAGAAUCUUAAUGCGUGACCUACACGGAAGAUCGUGCGAAGAAUGAUGCAAAAAGUGGUAAUGGGAGAUUCGAAUUAACAAAAAUUUUUCUAUAGAAAUUUGAUCGAAUAUGCUUGAAAGCUUUCUCCAUUCUAGUAAUAUAUUAUUGCUUUGUAUAUAGUUCGCAAUAGUGGUUCAGAAUCGUUCCUAGUAAAUUGUUGUGUCUCAUAAGUACUUACAACUUAUAUCUUCGCAACGGGUUUCAUUAUUAUUUCGUAUUGCACAAGUAAAAAUGUCUUAAUGGUAAAUCUGUUCAGGAAUGUGAAUUUUUACUGUGAUUCGAACUGUCUCUGCGUAAAACGUGAAAGGGUAACACCAUCCCUUCGGAAUCGAGCGUGAGAAAAUUGGUAAAAUGGUUCGGUCUGAUAAUUAAAUUUCGAUCGUGGGUACCUCGUUUCUUAAUUUCGAUUCUAAAGACAAUUAUGAUGUGCGUGCGAAGAUGCCGGAAAAACAGCGAUCAGCGUGUUUCCAAACACGGAAAACGAGAAACAGCGAUCAGCGUGUUUCUAAACACGGAAAACGCUGAUAAUCAGUCAUUAUAGAAUCGAACAUCAUACUUUACACUUGACAAAAAAUAAUAAAAUAUUUAAAGAAAAAGUGUGUACAAAGUGACACUUUCGAUGCUGACGAGCAUAUUGGUAACUGUAUGUUGUUGUUAGAAAAAGAUAUAAUGCUAAAUAUAUCAGGUGCUGCGCCAAAAUACUACCUCUGCUACAUGUACAAAGUUACAAAAUUGAUUGUACUAGAAGUAAAAUAAAGAAAUAAAUUACAUAUGUAUACAAAUUUACACAACACGUAUAUGAAUUGAAACGUAAACAAAGAAAUAUAUUCUGAUGUAUUGAUAUUUACAUGUAAAUGUAUAACGGAUUAAACCGGAAGUUCUUCCUAGAUACAUGUCGUCUGAUUUAACAAUGUAUUACUCUUAAACGAUAUGGCGAGAGGAUAUUUUAUAACAUUGGUCAUUUGACAAAUGCAUAAAAACAAAAGAUAUCUUAACAGCUCAAAAGGAACAAGUAUUAACUGAAUAAAAAUGAGUGUACCGUACGAUGAAAACUUGGUAUGGAUAGUAGUAGUCGGGUUUUUAGUGGCCUUUGUUUUGGCGUUUGGAAUCGGAGCUAACGAUGUCGCCAAUAGUUUUGGAACAAGCGUCGGUGCUGGAGUACUUACAAUAUUUCAAGCUUGUAUUUUAGCAACUAUAUUUGAAAUUGCUGGAGCUGUACUCAUUGGCUAUAAGGUCUCCGACACGAUGAGAAAAGGUAUAUUAGACGUUACGUUGUACGAAGGCUACGAAAAAGAAUUAAUGGUCGGAGCGUUGUCUAGUUUAGCUGGAUCUGGUAUCUGGCUUAUACUAGCAACAGCGUUACGGUUACCUAUUUCUGGAACACAUUCCAUUGUUGGUGCUACAGUUGGGUUUUCGCUUGUCUGUAAAGGUACUGCAGGGGUGAAAUGGAUAGCUCUUGCAAAUAUAGCAGCAUCUUGGUUCGCCAGUCCUGUACUUAGUGGAAUUGUAUCAGGUGCUAUAUUUUGGCUUCUAAGAAAAUCUGUACUGCAAUCUAGUAAGCCUUUAGAACAAGGUCUUCAUAUUCUCCCAUUAGCGUAUGGUCUCACUGUUGCCAUUAAUAUUAUAUCAGUUGCACACGACGGACCUAAACUUCUGAAGUUGGACAAAGUGCCAUGGUGGGGCAGUUUACUAGCUGCGAUAGGUUUUGGUUUGUUUUCAGCAACCGUUGUUUAUUUAUUUGUUGUGCCAUGGCAAAGGAAAAGGAUAUUACUUUCACUUAAUAGCAACGAAAAAGCAACAACAAAGUUUGGUACCUGUGAUAAAAAAGAAACCACAGCAUUAUCUGUUAUCUCAGAGGCCCCACAUAGUAGUAGUAGCAGUAGUAGUAAUGGUAAUGCAAAAGAAGCGGCGCCAAAAUUGCGCGGUAAUAGCAGUGCUAGUCCUCUCUUAAUAGUGGCAGGUUCGGACACAGAGGGUGUUCCGAUUGAAACUGACCGGAAAAACGAAGAACCGCCAGAAAUGUCUCAACUGUUCGCUUUCUUGCAAGUACUGACCGCUGCGUUUGGUAGUUUUGCGCAUGGUGGUAAUGAUGUUAGUAACGCAAUUGGACCACUUAUUGCACUUUGGGCUGUAUAUGCAGAUGGAUCGGCCAGACAAGAAACAGAAACUCCAUUGCUGAUAUUAUUGUACGGUGGUCUAGGUAUAUCGACUGGUCUUUGGGUGUGGGGGCGUAGAGUUAUACAGACUUUAGGACAAGACUUAGCACGUAUUACACCAACAACUGGAUUUACUAUAGAGGUAGGAGCAGCAGUGACAGUUUUGUUGGCAAGUAAGGCUGGUUUACCUGUGUCAACAACACAUUGUAAAGUGGGAUCAGUCGUCUGUGUGGGGUGGGCUUCGCGGGGUGGUGAGGGAGUUUCAUGGAAAUUAUUUCGUAACAUUGCGUUCGCAUGGUUGAUCACUGUACCAGUGGCUGGCUGCUUGUCUGCGGGAUGUAUGGCUGUUUUCAAAGAAAUAAUUAGUUUGUGAUUUCACUGUCAGGGCAACUAAGAGUUCUAGUAAAAAACCAUCCAAUGUCGUCAAUCGUUGUCAAUAAUUUAUGCAGAAAUAAAUGAUUAAAUAUUAUUUCAA